CCCGCAUGUUCAAACUCCGCGAAAGCACCCAGCUGUCCCACCGGUGGCAACAACCAAAACACAAUGGCGGCGGCCGACUGAGCGAGCAGCAGCCUGUCGAGUGAGAGACAAAACGGACCAUACUUGUGUCUUCUGAGGUUUAAAACGGCCUUUAAUGAGAUAAUGGACACCGCAGGAGAGGCUGAACCGGACCCUAUAAAACUUAAGUCUAUCAAGAACAACAAAACAUUCACAGUGCCUCAAAGUGAUAGGUUUGGAAGCUGCAGAAGUGUCAGAGAGUUUGAGAAACUCAACCGCAUAGGAGAAGGAACUUACGGCAUUGUGUACCGAGCUCGAGACACCAAGUCAGAUGAGAUUGUAGCACUGAAGAAGGUCCGGAUGGACAAAGAGAAAGAUGGGAUCCCCAUCAGCAGCCUCAGAGAGAUCACCCUGCUGCUGAGGCUGAGACAUCCCAACAUAGUGGAGCUGAAAGAAGUGGUCGUUGGCAGCCAGUUGGAGAGCCUGUUUCUGGUGAUGAGUUAUUGCGAGCAGGAUCUGGCCAGUCUGCUGGAAAACAUGCAGACACCGUUCUCUGAGGCUCAGGUGAAGUGUAUUGUUCUUCAGCUGCUCAGAGGCUUGGAGUAUCUCCACCACAACUUCAUUAUACACAGGGACCUGAAGGUGUCUAAUCUGCUGAUGACAGACAAAGGCUGCGUUAAGAUUGCUGAUUUCGGGCUGGCCAGGAUGUAUGGCAUCCCACAGCAACCCAUGACGCCUCGAGUGGUCACACUGUGGUACAGAGCUCCAGAGCUCCUGCUAGGGACCAAGACCCAGACUACAGCGCUGGACAUGUGGGCUGUCGGCUGUAUCCUAGCUGAGCUGCUGGCUCACAAACCUCUGCUGCCUGGAACCUCUGAGAUCCAGCAGGUCGACCUGAUUGUUCAGCUGCUGGGAACACCCAACGAAAACAUCUGGCCAGGUUUUUCUCUGCUGCCACUCAUUGGUCAGUACAGUCUGAGGAAGCAGCCGUACAACAACCUGAAGAAUAAAUUCACCUGGCUGUCUGAUGCUGGACACAGACUGCUCAACCUGCUCUUUAUGUACAACCCACACCGCAGAGCUACUGCCAAAGAUUGUUUGGACAGUUCCUACUUCAAGGAGAAACCUCUACCCUGUGAACCAGAGCUGAUGCCAACCUUCCCCCACCACCGCAACAAACGGUCUGCUCCUCCAGCAGACAGCCACUCAAAACGCAGCAAAGUAUGAGGAAGAUGAGACACUGGAUUUAAAAUCGACCCUGUGGUGCGGACAGUCUCAGAAAUCUGCACUCAAUGGACGUGUGUGCGCAGAACGUACAUCUGCUCAUGAAGACUUACUCUGGAACUCUGAGCAAAUGGAAAAUAGUUAAACUGGUUUCGGUUACACCUCGGCUAAAGCCAACAAAUUUAGAGGAACGCAUUGCUGUACUGCUCACACACAGUUAUAAUGUAGAUUCAUUUUUUUUGCAGCAGCAGUUUCUAGCUUCAGUAGAAGUCUCUUCUGUCAGGUGUCUGCAGUACUUCUCAAUAUUCACAUUGUUGCCAAUGUCUGCACAGUAAAAGAAGUCAGUAAUGAGGACAAAGUUGCCUUGACAAAUAUGCUUCGGCAUUUUGUCCUUUGUGUUGAGGAUUUGUCACAUAUAUAGAUGUGCUAUUGCAACUGUCUUUGAUACUCUGUAUCAGUCGUGAUGUCAACUUGAUGUGAAAAGGCACGACAAGUAGUGACUGAACCCUGCUUGAGCUCUUCCCGCAGUUACACGUCAUCUGUGUGACAGCCUCUCUUAGGAAUUAGAGCAGAAUACUUGAAGAAAACCUGAGUUUGUGGCAAAAUAACAAAAAGCCCUCUGGUUUGGUCUUCACAGCAUCAGUAUGUGUCGAUGACCAGCUGUAUGUCCUGUCGAAGUGCCUUUGAGUUGUAACACUGAACUCCUGACGCCGCUCACUUAUUGUUAAAUGUUGAAUGAAUAGUUUGACUUCUGGGAAACAUGCUUGUUAGCUUUUUUCAAGCGUAAGAUGAGAAGAUUGGUACCAAUCAGAGAUAUCUCUGCACACAAAAUAUGUAGCCAGUUUUUGUGCUAAGCCCAUGGACUGUUGGCUGAAUAUUGACUGUGCAGACAUGAGAGAUGUAUCAGUCUUCUCAAAAUAUUCCUUUAUGAGCCUCAGCUUCAAUGCCUAAAAUGUACUGUAAAUGAACAGUGGCCUAACGAGUAGAAAUCACUGACAAGUGGUGUAAGACCGAGUACUUAACUGUUACUGUAGGAUAUGUUUAAAGGGACAGUUAAACCAAAAAUCAAAAACACUUACUUUUCCUCUUACCUGUAGUGCAAUUUAUCAGUCUAUAUUGUUUUAUUGUGAGUUGCUGAAUGUUGGAGAUAUCGGCCAUGAAGAUGCCUGCUUCCUCUCCGAUAUAUUGGCACUCGACUUUUGGUGCUCAAUAUUCAAAAGAAGGCAGACAUCUAAGCUCACACCAAAGCAAUUUAGGUUAAUAAAUACAACUACUUGAAAGGGGACUCUUUUAAAAAGUGGGGUUUUUGCCCGGAUUGGCUUGGUUUUGCAUAACGUAGCAGCUCACGAGUCGGUGAGCUCCGUGGCCGUCUCAGCCCCGCUCAACUCGUACUCUGAUUGCACGCUUAUGAGUUUCUUCUGAUGGAGGGAAAGUUGUGUUACAUUAGUACAAGUUAUGUCGGUUAAUACUUUUAUUUUCGCUAUCAAGUCAUGCUGACAUCCGAAUGUGAAACCUUAUAUCAUGUUCCAUGAAAACAUUAGAUUAAAGUUACUGUCUUGUUAAUGUUAUCUAACUGUUAAGACGCUAACUUUAAACUGACUGGUUUCAUCUGGAAACAAAAGCUUGGUAGUGUUCAUGUGAAACUGGUUACACCUAACAAUAUAUCAUAAAGCCCCAACGUCAGUUUGUUACCAGUUUUAACUGAAUCUCAUCUUAUCAAUUAAUGUUCAGUUUACAACUGAGUGUAUGAAAGUAUAGAGCGAUUCUGGCCUGUUAGCAUGGAAAAAGAAGAGGACCUUCUACAUCUUAGGUACAAUACAAGGAGCAAAAUACAGGUGUUUCUUUGUGAAUAGAUGAUCAUAAUAAUUGCAAAAUCAUCUUUGUUUGACGUUGCAGUGGGGCACAAGGUUUCCUGUACGUUUAAUCAUUGGGUUUAGUCAAAUAUUAAGUUGAUAGACAACUUAUUACUGUUUGGAAAUUUUAACAACAAGUGAUGAGGCUCUCAAUGUGAGCUGACGAGAGCGCACAUCAGGCACACAACAAUGCGUGACACAGAACAUAAGGCUCCCACGCCUCCUGGUGAAACCCCACUUUUUAAGAGAGUCCCUGCUGAAAAGAGGAAAAUGUGUAUUUUUGAGCAACUGUCCCUUUAAACCAUCGGCUAUUGAACAUUAUAAAACUGUCAAAAAAAGCAACUGUUUUUUUUUUUUUUUCAUUUGAAAUGUCAGUUUCAUUAAUGCAAGUCAAAUUAGUAGUAAUGGUUACAGGGACGUUAAUAACUGACCUCCCACUGAUUCAGUAUGUACCUCCACAAACACACAGCGAUACUAGCACUGAGCUAUCACAAGAAGUCCCAUCACUGAGUUAGCAGACAAGCCUGUGGUUCUGGUUUGAUAGUGAGAGGUCAGAGUUGUUACAGAACAAACAUCCAAUAGCAGAUUUUAAAAGAUAAUUUAAAACUGACAAACAGUGUGGUGCUGCUUCUUGAUAGCCAGCAGGGCUCGCUUUCCUUAUUGUCAGCCCCGAACAGACAGUAAUGAAACAAGAUGGUGGUGUUGACCUCAGAGUAGAACUCGGUGUGUUUUAGCCUCCCAAAAGAAAAAAAAAAAACAACCCAGGACUUUCACUAGAGCGCCAUCAUAAAACAACAACAAAAUAAAUAACUUCAAGUGUAAACUGUAUCUCUAUUAUCGUCAGUCAAGUUACAUGUCAGAUGUGAUUAACAAAGUAUCAAUAUUUUUUUAACACUGUUGAACAAUUUGCAGCUGGGCAAACGAGACAAAAUAAAAGUGUUCAGAUUUUAAGAGAUGUGCUUGAUUGAUUCUUUUUAACGAGAGGAAGAAGAUUCUUCAAGUUGGGCACUCAUGUAUCGCUGCUGAACAGACUACAAAGUAACUUCCACAAUGGAAGAUCCAAGAGGAAAACUAUCGCAGUAUGAAUCACAGUCAGGCCAGUGUAUUCUGGGAAAUGCAGUGCAGAAACUAGCUGAUUUAAACAGAGCAACUGGAGCUGAGGAUCAAAGUGUAUCGUUGAUUUUGGAAACUGUAAUUCAGAAAACAAUCUAACUUUUAUCAGCAGAUGGAGUUUGCCAAGAAUUUCUUCUGAGCAUUUCAUGGACUUCUCAUUAUUGCUGACUCAAGAACUGUGGUGAUGAAGAUCAUGUGAUAUAUCGAAAGCUCCAGAACAGCUGCUAAAUGUUGUUUCCAAUGUCGAGUAUGACCUUUCAACCCUCAAAGUUUUAAGCCAACAUGGAUGAGAAAAUAAAAACUGACCAUUUAUAAUACCACCAAAAGUGAAUAUCUGCUAAGGAAGAUCAUGUGAUACGACCAAAAGCUCCAGAAAAGCUACUAAAUGAACCUUACGAUGAGAUAGGGAAAAUGUGGUGUUUGGCUCUCAGUCAAGCACAUCUCUUGUCGUAAAUAUUGACCAUGAAUGCCUUGCUCGGACUGCUGCAGACAUAAACAAAGAGCUGUAGAGGGACACACAGGCAGUGAUGAUCAAUUAACUCUUCAUCAAAUAACAAAAUAACAGGGCUCCAAACAUAUAGACAUAUACAUUAAGACACACAAGUCUCAUAAAAACACUUGGAUGCAUUCACACACUCGCAUGCCUGGCAGGAGUACUAUCUUCUUUUGUUUCUUCUUCAAAUGUCACUGUCCUUCAUUGCAACCCAAAGCAAAGUGCACGAUGGCAACAAAAUGUACAGUCCUUCAGUCAGAUAAAAUCGGCUCAGAGAGGGACAAACUUAACGCAUUUAGAUUCAAAUGCAGCUUUCCUUGCGUAAAUGCAGAUUAGAUGAGAAGUUCUUGUAGUGAAUACACUGUAGCGGCUGCUUUGUAACGGAACAUCGUCUGAAAUGGGGAAAAGGACAUGGGCGCUAUUGUCCAACUACCAAAUCACACUAAGAUUUUCUAUUGUAG